AUGGAGACUUUGCUGGCCCAUUCGUUUGAUUAUCUCUCCUCGUACGAGCCAAGCAAAGUUCGCAAAGGGUUACGCCAGGUCGAAGGCCUUCUCGCACAAAUAUGUUUAUCCAAGUCGAAACAGCCGGCGUCUGACAAACGGAGGUCGCUUCUAUCCUUUGGAGCUCCACAGCCGGUUCCCAAGGCGCUCUCGGAGCUCAAAGAUGAUCCCGCCUUCAGGGAAUUCUUCAAACUGCAGGAGGGGUUUCAAUGGAACGUGGCGAUGCGUCUGGUAACGUGUCUGGAGCAUCUCCUUGGCCGAGGAAGCAAUGGCACCAACGACCUUCUCAUCAUCUCCACCCUCGACCUGAUCCAAGGCGCGCUUCUUCUCCACCCGCCGUCGCGGACGCUUUUCGCGCGCGAAAUUUACAUGAACCUACUAUUGGACCUUCUCGACCCGAUCAACUGCCCCGCCAUUCAAUCCGCGACUCUCCUGACCCUGGUCACUGCGCUUCUCGACCAUCCCGCCAAUACGCGCACGUUUGAGGAACUUGAUGGACUCCUCACGGUGACGUCGCUUUUCAAACAACGCGCAACCUCCCGCGAAGUGAAGCUUAAACUGGUCGAAUUCUUGUACUUCUAUUUGAUGCCGGAAACGCCGCUCAUCUCGAACGGCGCAGCGGUUAGUGCGCCGAACACCGCAAUGGGUGGCCACCAGCGCAGUCCAAGCAAGCUACCAACGCCGGUGUCAAGAAGCGUACACGCCCCCGCCCAGUCACAUGCGAAGGCGCCCCGAGAUACGCGCACAACCGACGAAAAGCAAUCCUUGCUGGGAAGGUAUCUGAACAACGUGGCGGAUCUGGUAGAAGACCUUAAGGAAACAGCACCGUUCGGGGCAACGGUUUGCUAG